UGACAAACUACGACACCGGUAGCGGACACAUCAAGCACGCAAUUCCUAAGCAGCCUUCGUAAUCUCCAGUAUUGCCGUUUGUCGUAGUCAUGACCCUCUCUCUUCAUAUGUCAGUCUCUUCUGCUGUCCAUUGCUUCUCUUUUCCGCAUCAUCCUCUUCAGCCGUAACAACUCUUUGCCUUUCUCCCUGCACAAACUGCCCCAAGCGUCUCAGUCACGUUUCUGUAGUAUACUUGACAGAGUACGCGCGACUCUUGCUCGUUUCGACAUGUCGGGCAAUUCAACCACCUACGACGACAAGGAUACCGCGUCACUGAGAGAUGUAGAGUCUGGAUAUGGUUCUGGCGAAUCAAACGAUUCCCCACAGCCUGAAGUACUCUUUACCAAGACACACCUGAAGCACAUCAACCAGCAGUUGUCCAAAUUGUCGCCAGAUGAAAUCCUGCAAUGGUGCCUGAUCUCAUUGCCAUCGUUAUACCAAACCACCGCUCUUGGACCUUCAGGCCUCGUCAUUCUCGAUAAGCUGUCCAAGAUCUCUGGACCACUAAGCUCUCGCAUUGACCUCAUCUUCCUCGAUACCUUGCACCACUUCUCCGAGACUCUUGACCUGGCCAACCGCGUGAGGAAGACCUAUCCGAAGUUCCAUAUGCACAUCUACAAGCCUGAAGGUUGCGAAACCGCUGAAGAAUUCGCCACUAAGCACGGCGAAAAGCUGUGGGAGUCCAAUGAGGAACUCUACGACUGGGUGGCCAAAGUGGAGCCUGCCCAACGUUCCUACGCCGAACUUCAGGUCAAGGCUGUCAUCACCGGUCGCCGCAGCACCCAAGGCGGGAAACGCAGCGAGCUUGACAUUGUCGAGAUUGACGACACCGGUAUGAUCAAGGUCAAUCCACUAGCCAAUUGGACCUUUGAUCAAGUCAACACCUACAUCAAGGAAAAUGACGUUCCCUCCAAUGAACUUCUCCAGCGCGGCUACAAGAGCGUCGGUGACUGGCACUCCACGCAGCCUGUCGCUGCCGGUGAGGACGAGCGUUCUGGACGUUGGAAAGGCCGCAACAAAACCGAGUGUGGCAUCCACAACAAGAAGUCCCGCUACGCUCAGUUUCUCAUGGAUCAAGAGCGUAAGCGAACUUUACAACAAGAAGGCAUGGAGCAGACUAUCGAGCAGCUCAAUCAGACCUCCAUCUCGGUGUAAUAGUCUCCCAUAGUCUGUACAUUUCUUUCGUGCGAUUUUUAGCGUAUACCACAGCAUAUUGGCGUUCGGCAGUGAGCAUUUAUGAGUGCUGGGGACUAUACAGCGGUCAGCAUCUCGUAAGAGAUAGAAGACAAAAAGAUACAAAAGAAGUGGAAGGAUGCGAAUCUCUCGGAUGAGAGCCGCCGGCAAAAUUACAUAGUUAUCGCGAUAUCACAGUGAAGCAGCAUUCAACCUCUAAAGGCCCAUCAGACGCUAUGAUCUCUGCAAUCC